AUGCGGGGCUACGGCGGGCACGGGGGGCGGGCGCAGGACCAGCGGCCGGCGGGCUACGGCCAGGACUCGGAGCGCGAUGUGCGCGGGUACCCGCGGCCGUCGGACGAUGAGCGGGGGAGUGGAUAUAGUGGGCAUGGUGGCCGCGCGCAGGAGCAGGGAAGGGCGACGUACGGCGAGGAUAGCGAGCGCGAUGUGAGGGGGUAUUCUCGCGAGGAGGCGCAGAGGGAUGUUCCUGCUGGUAGAGAGUACCGUGCUGGUGCUGGGGCGAAUACGGCGCAGGAGUACUACUCCGGUGCGUCUGGGGAGUACCGGGGCGCCGUUGAGGUGGCCGAGCGAGAGAGCUCCGAGAGCGGAUCGUUGUUUAGUAGUGCGCUCAAGAUGUUGAGUGGCAGCCAGGCGCGCAAGGACGACGUCGAUGAGGACGAAGUCGUCAAUACGCACAAGCAGGUGUAUGGUGGCGGGAACACCGGACAGCUCGGCAGCCAGAGUCUUGGGCAGGCGGCGGCGAUGCAGGCGCUGAAACACUUUACGGGCGGCAGUGGCGGAAGCUCGGGCGGUGCCGCCGCCGGAGGUCAGAAUGCGUUUAUUGGCAUGGCGAUGGCCGAGGCGGUCAAGCUGUUCGAUACGCAGAGGGCGCAGGGCAAUGUGGCACCCACCGAGACCAAGCAGGACGUGGUCGGACAGGCUGCACAGUUCGCACUCAAGCUUUUCUUGAAGAGCAAGAUGGAUGCUGCUACUGGAGGUAGCGGUGGUGGUGGUGGUGCUGGGUUGAUGGGGUUGGCGCAGCAGUUCUUGAUGAAGUGA